GCAAAUCAUUCAUAUAUAGAUCGAGAAUAACAAUGCGAUAUAAUAGCCAUGGUCCCAAUGAGAAGUGCAUAACUGCAGUGAUUAAUAGAGCAGCAGUACACUGUGUAACAGCAGAGGCUCAAUAUUAAGAACUACUACAUAUUAGGGAGAUCGAUAAAGGGAGUAGACUUCCGUUGCUUUGGAUUGAAUCGCUGCUAUGUUAUAUAGAGACUAGAAUGUAAAUCGAGGACAACUCAUAUUCCUUAUGGAGGGAAGUGUAGAGGCAUAUAAGCGGAUAUCUGAUCAUUGACCACUGACAUUAUUAUCACAUUCUGGGAGACUUGCUAAUUGUACCUAUUACUUUACGUCAAAGUGCAAUAACAACUGAUUCAACUGUGCUGACCAAUGAAUUCGUAUAUGUAACUUAUAUAUAGUUACAUAGUGGUCUUGUUAUGAAUAUGGAGGAUGAAAAACCAACAGCCGCUGUUCAAUAUGGUCACGGUCACAGGGGACUUUAUCUUGGUCACGUGACAACGAAUAUAGCCAAUGGCGAUGGCUGCACCGAAGAACCCGUAUGUAAAAUGGUUUCCCAGCGAAAACAUGACGUCGAACAACAUACUUAUGUAUUUCUAGAUGUAAAGCCAUUCUGCUUACUUCUGUAUCACGUGGACGAAUCAAACAAGGUCACAAGUACGGACUUGUUCGAUCUUGCUAGGAUUUCAUACUGCAGUGGCGACCACAAGGAAAAUCCACAGGUGUUCGCCUGGGUUUACCGCCACGAGACUGCGGAUGGCUUCCUUCUGCAAACUCACGCAGUACUUUGUGAUAAUCCGAGAAAGGCAAGAGCUCUUGCCUUGAAAAUGAACGAAUCAUUUAAAAAAUACUUUCGCGACAUCCAGGAUGCUUUAAAGUCAAGUAAUAUGCUAAAAGAAGCAAUGCAAUCUAAUGGAAUGGUUAAAUCACAACAAACUCGCAUAUCGUGAUAGACUGUUACACAUGUUGGAAAUCAUGUUUUAUUAGCUCAAUAGAUGGCGGCAAAUAUGCAGUAUUUAUUAAAUUUUCCUUUAAAGGCUUGAUUCACAUGAAUCUAAAAUAAAUUGUUUGUACCGACUCUUGCUCAGCAAUACUUAGUUUGAUUUGCCUGUGUAAGAUGUUUGAUGAAAAUAAAAC